AAAGCAGCACCGCCCCUCUCAGAGUGAGUCCGCCUCUGCGCUCCAACCGAGAGGUACCGACUGACUGACUGGCUGCGUGGGGAGCCGGUGUGGGCGCAGCGGAGGACUUUCCUAUAAAAGCAGGGAUCCCACGACCAGACGCGCUCUUCUCUCUCAGUGAACGGCAGACAGGAGCCGCUCUUUCCCGCGAACAGCUGUUUCAUUCCCCUUGUUACAGUUCGGAAAACCCUCCCAGCCUCAUCCGAAAGGAAAUCUUAGUCUAUGGUUCUGACUGACACGCCUACAAGGAUGUCCCGGACCGACGAGGUGCACCGUAUAACGGAGAAUGUCUACAAGUCCAUCAUGGAGCAGUUUAACCCGUGCUUACGGAACUUCAUAGCCAUGGCAAAAAGCUAUGAGAAGGCGCUCACCAGUGUCACAUAUGCUGCAAAGGGCUACUUCGACGCUCUGGUGCGGAUGGGCGAGAUGGCCAGCGAAAGUCAAGGCUCUAAGGAUGUUGAAGAGGCAGCAUGGGAUGUGCUCUUUCAGAUGGCUGAAGUGCACAGACAGAUCCAGAUCCAGCUUGAGGAGAUGUUAAAGUCGUUCCACAACGAGCUGCUCACAGAGCUGGAGAAGAAGGUCGAGCUGGACGCGCGAUAUCUGAAUGCUGCACUGAAGAAGUACCAGAUGGAGCACAAGAGCAAAGGGGAGAGUUUGGAGAAGUGCCAGGCAGAGCUAAAGAAACUGCGCCGGAAGAGCCAGGGCAGCAAGCACCCGUCCAAAUAUGGGGACAAGGAGAUGCAGUAUGUGGAGGCCAUCAGUAAUAAGCAGAGUGAGCUGGAUAACUACAUCGCUGAGGGCUACAAGAACGCUCUGUCUGAGGAGAGGAGGAGGUACUGCUUCCUGGUGGACCGUCAGUGUGCUGUGGCCAAAAACAGCAGCGUCUACCACAACAAGGGGAAGGACCUUUUAACUCAGAAGAUCCCACUGUGGCAGCAGGCUUGUGCUGAGCCCAACAAACUGCCAGACCGUGCCAUGUUUCUGGCCCAGCAGAUGAGUGGUGCAACGGGCACCAUGCCUCCUGGUGCUCAUCACCCCGGCCUUCCCAUCUCUGAGCCUAUUCCUGGUGCUAAACCCCUGCCAGUGCCUCCAGAGCUGGCAGCCCUCAGGGCCAGCGGUGGCAUGGGACAGCAGAGGCUGAUGGGAGGUGUGGAAGGAGGGAUGCCUGUGAUGAAUGGUACGGCCGGCGUUCAUGGAGGAGAAGACUACCAGCAGUGGAUGGAGGGCAAAAUCGCCCAGGGCAAAGCCUCACCGCAGACUCAGCGGCACGGAGGCGAGGUGUACUCCAACACCCUACCUGUGCGCAAGGCCGCCCCAGCCAAGAGCAAGACCACACUGACAGAGACCCGCACGCUGCCCCGGUCCAGCUCCAUGGCAGCAGGUCUGGAGAAAAACGGAAGAACUCGUGUCCAGGCCGUCUUCUCCCAUGCUGCCGGUGACAACAGCACGCUGCUUAGCUUCGCUGAGGGCGACGUGAUUACCCUGCUGGUACCCGAGGCCCGUGAUGGCUGGCACUAUGGAGAGAAUGAGAAGACAAGGAUGCGUGGCUGGUUUCCCUUCUCCUACACACGGGUGAUCACUGAUGGCGAAGGAGACUCUAUGCGGCAACUUCGAGUACACAAUCUCCACCAUGGCAAAAGCAGCAGCACGGGCAACCUUCUAGAGAGAGAAGACAUGGCUCUCCCCGUCCCUGAUUAUGGCAUCCACUCCCGUAUGGCAGCACAGAGCGCUGCUGCGCUGCACGGCAGACAACAACGCCCCUACAGUGUGGCGGUGCCAGGCUUCUCACAGGGAGUCGAAGAGUAUGAGCCCCGCUUCCCCACAAGCGAUGAUCCACCAGGCGAGCCGGAUGUGGAGGCCCCGGCCAAACCGCCCCUCUCCGACGAUGAGGAUGAAAUCGAGGAGGACCACCUUGAUGAAGCUCACUAUGAUUCCUUGGAGAAGACUUCCAGUCCUCCAGGGGACUUCUGAGCUUUCUUUCAAUGUAAACCAGCUGUAGGUGGAUCACUGGUGCACAAUUUCACCCUCAACCCUAAACUGGAAGGCUCUGAUUUACCCUCGGUAUUACAAUAAUGCUACAAAAUGAAAAGAAUGAAAUAUAAUCAGCAGAUAAAGUGCACUACAACAUGUCACGGCAACAGUAAUCUCUGUAAUCGCCCGGAGAAAAUGUAAAUAAAUACUAGGAUUGACUUUAUAUUUAACCACGUAGCAAGGAAGCCACAUUCAAAAGUUACAAAAAUGAAAGAUGAGGUUUUCCUGUUGAUUGGUGACUUUGGUAAAGUGGCAUUUUAGAUGAGCAGCAGUGGAGCUGAUUCACUUUUGUAAAGGUUUUAAAGCCUACAAGGAGCAUGUGGUGUAUAAAAAGAAGAAUGAGAGCAGAUGUUUACUCGUGUGGCUCAUGUGGUUCAUUUUAAAGUCAGAAUUGUUGCCUCUUGUAUCGUAUCGUUACCCAAAGACUAAAGCCUAGCUCCAUGUAGACUCACAGGAUCAUUAGCCGGUCAUUUAAAAUGCAGCUCCUCCCCUCUUGCCUUGUCAAUGAAAGGGCUUUAAAAUUGCUAAGCUUUACACCAUGCUGGGGGACUCACCUUUGAGCCUCACCUCUCAAUACUGCCUUUUCACCUGGCAAGAGCACCUCAUGCUUGUCAAACAGUCCAGUGUUUGCACCAUAAGAAACGUCUUAUUCAGAGACCGAUGAUCUUAAAGCACGACGGCAGAAAAAAAAGUACUGAAACACAUCAGAAAGGUAGAUUAUAUGGAAAAAGAUAUCUGUAGAAUACGUUUGUGCUGAUAGCAUCACAACUGAUAAGCACACUACUCGUAGUACUGUACCUUCAACUAAUUCUGUACUCACAGGAAAUCUUUUAUCUUUCUGCAGUACUAGAGAUAAGCAGCCGUGCAGGCGUUUGUACCUACACUUAAUAAUGAAUUUCACUGGUUCUCAGAUUCAUGUUUGAUUGUUAUUGUUCGUAGUGAACAAGCACUUUAUAAGAUCUUCUUAAAGCAACAUGUUCAGCUGAGAUUUAAUUCAGUAACACAAUCAACAGGAGAAACUUUGUAAUUGCAUGUUGUUUAUCUAGUUUAAGGUAAUCGUUGACAGGCAAACAGGGUCACGCUAACGUAGGUUGUGUUGGUUGCACUGAGGUCAUUAAGAUGUGCUCGUUUCCGUGUCUGUGGUUUACUUGUUUAAGAAUUUAAAAUACAUUUAAAUCUUAGAUUUAAGUGGGGGUGUAAUAAUAACUUGAUAAAGUACUGAAAACUACAUUUAGAAAAAUCACACCAUCCCUCUGCUUUUCCCACUUAUUGAGUUAUUGAUUAUUUUUCAUUAGCAUGAACAAUUAUUUGAUUGCAGUAAGUGUCAUGGUUCUUACUGAUAAUAAUGAUAUUCUAGGGUCCAGUGUGGGUACCUGCUCAGGUUAGGUUUGGUUUACCUUCAUGUUGGAAUAGCAAACUGGAAAACAGGUUUGAACUACUUAACUGCUGGAUAUAUAUCUAGGGGGAAGGACCCACAUCAGGAAUUAUGCAAAAUUUCAGGUCUCAACUUUUUUGAAAAUUAUUAUUCAGAAAAUUAUUCCAGGAUGUGAAAGUUGUUUUUAAAAUUUUUGUCCUCGCAUCUUUCAAGCAUGUGUUUCUCAAAAUUAUAUCCAAAAUUUGUGAAAGGCUCAUUUUCAAAAUAGGACAUUUUGAAAGUUUCAUAUUUAUCUGAGUAUUUUAAUAUAUCUUAAUGGAAUUUUAAAAUAUCUCCAUAAAUAUAAAAAAUUACCUCUUUAAAAAUAUUUCAGUGGAUGAGGGUCAUUCACUGAAAUAUCUUUUAAAGAAAACCAAUAACACAAGAGACCUGAAAUUUUAAUUCCUAUUAAUAAGUGAUGAACUGACAUAAAAAUACUUUUUUUUUCUUAGCCUUCAGAGAACCAGAUUUCUUUUAAGUUGUUGAUGAAUUUCAUCAGUAAAUUUUAGUUAACAGGACUAUGAGGUGAAUUCCUAUUCACAAUAAUAAAAAUUAAGACUUUGAGAUUUGACAAGAAACAAAUUUGAAUGUAACUGGUUUUAAACCCGAUUUAAGCAACAAUUGCAAGUCUGAUUUAUUUGUUUUUAUACUUUUCAUAUUAGCAGAGCAGAAUUAGCCUCAGUACUUUCCGCCCUUAUUAAAGCACCCGUACCUCCAAUGUAGUGAACGACGGAGCUUGUUAUUACACAUGGAUGUAAUCCAUGUGUAAUAACACAUAGAAACUAUCAUGCACCUUAUUGUAUGUGCAUGCAAAACAUGUAUCCACCACUAGAUGGCAAUAAAACUCGACUUCCUCACCUGGAUUUAGACGGUUAGAAAGGAAAAAGAGAUUUUCUUUAAGGCUAUUUUUAAAGUUUCUAGAAUUUUUCACACAUAUUUUCCCCAAAGUCAGCUGGUAUUCAGCUGUAUAUGUCUGAGGAUAUUUCCAAAAAACUCCAUUGUUUUAUAUUAAUUAUGAGGAAAAAUCAAAUUCUGGAUUCUGCAGAGAUCAUGCUAGUACCUUCUCAUUAUAUCAGAGUACUUGUGUAGUACAGAGGUACAUAUAUAUCCAUAAUGAUUCACCUGCAUUGGGUGAUUCAGUUAUUCACUCUGUUUUGUGCUCUGACCUGCUAUGAUAAUCAUUUUUAAUUGUCUUUCUAAGGAAACUGUUCUUAAUUAUUGAGAUCAAUUCAUGAAAAACUUCACUUCACUUAAACUAUAUGCUUUAUUGUUCUUAUAAUAUAUUUGAUAGUUAAAAUUAUCAAGUCUUCAUACACUUAUAGUGCUGUCUUCAGUUUCCCUAUAGUUAAUACAAAAUUACACGGGAUGUUUUGGAAAUAUCUGCAUUAUUUAUUAUUAGAUGAUCCCACAGCUCAUUUUACAGUUAUGUUUCAGGGGGAGAUAUAAGAAAUUAGCUGAAAACUAUGUGACUCAGAAAUAUGGAAACCAAUAAAACCUACGUUAAUGUAACAUAAGGAGUACUGUACUGGCAGUCUACACUAUAAUGAUGUGAGUUGAUGGUAAACAAAUUGUUUGUUUUUUAGUUUAAUUCUGACAAUAAAGAAUCAAGUAUUUAA